AGUGGAGAGAACUUGAAAGUCGUCUGCUGGCUCGUGGGUUUAGAAGUCAAUGAUAAUUUCAAACACUUUUUUUUACUAAACAAUAGUAGAUUUUUCACGUUUAAAUAAUGACUGCCAGAAUUGUUUUGAGUCGGUGUUUUAGCCGCCUUACUUUGAAGCAGUCAGUUUUCACGGUGCCCUCUAAAUAUGUCAGCAAUUUGCCUAUGUUAUUGAAGACUGAAGGAAUCCAACUAUCGUUCGCUCGAAGCUUUGCAGAAACAACCAGUGAUGAAGGAUCAACUAAUUUGAAUCCCGAAGAACUUAUUGUUGAUGAAAAAAAUGCUUCGAAAAUGCGUAAUAGAGCAAUUCCUGUAGAAACUAGUAUGAAGUAUUUAAAGAGCAAAGGAUACUCAACUACCUAUGGGGGAGAUCCUGUCUGGGUGAGAUAUCGUAGAAAUUUCAAGGGUCAGUUUGCUCCAAGAACGAGAAAAACUUGCAUUAGGCAAGACAAACUAGCUACUGGCAAUCCAUGUCCAAUCUGCAGGGAUGAAUACUUGAUACUUGAUUACAGAAAUGUUGAACUAUUGAAGCAAUUUAUUUCACCAUUUAAUGGGGCUAUUCUGCCAACUGAAAAAACUGGCUUAUGUCAAACGAAGCAAAGGGAAUUGCUUGUAGCAAUUCUAAAAGCGAAAGAUUAUGGUCUUAUCACAUUUGAUGUUCCAAUUCGUGAAUACGAUUAUUCUGAUUACCAUAAGUCAUAAUUGAAAUUUAAUACAGUAGUAGUUAAAGUUGAA